AUGCAGCACAUUGUUCUGCUGACAACCGCUCUUCUGUUAGCAGCAGAGUGCACGGCUCAAUCCAGUCUCUAUCCGGCUGUGGAUCCCACUGCUCUUGCGAAUGCCUUCAAUAUCAGUCUGGCGUGUCUUGACGCCCUUAAUGAGACCGUCGUUUGCGAUGGAACCUUGCUCCAGAUGGCUGGAGAUGUCGACAACUACCUCUGGGACAUUGACAAUGUUACUGCCCUGUGCACCACGGAUUGUCUCUCUUCCGCCGCCACCUGGUUUGCGGAUGUACGUACCGAAUGUGCAAAUGAUGCCAUUGCUGUCAAUGGCCGGCUAAUCCCUCCUAUGACAAUCCCUGGGCGAGUUUUGGAUGGCAUGAACAUUGCCUGUCUUUCACCAGACACGGACGUUCUCAUGGAUCCAGGAGUCAAUGGCACCUUGUUAACCUCGGUUCUGCUUUCUGAGACCAAUUCAACUGUGACAGCCGACUCAACGGUUCCCACCCCGACUCCAUCAACCCAAGGAACGGUAUCCAGCCGCAAACGGCAAGCCAGCCCUUCAUAUUGUCUGAUAGAGUCCUACUCGUGGGUUGGGUCGGACAUCAUCCGCCCUCUCUGUCCUGAUGGCGCAGCAACAACGGGUAACGACACCUCUCAAUGCGUGGAUCCUACCGACGUCCCACCAGAAAACGAGCGACUGGCCAAUCUGUACCCUGAUUCCCUCCUUUGCAGCGAUUGCUUCAUCAAGAUGUUCUAUCUUCGCGUAGCAUCUCCAUAUCUACCAGAUCUAGAUUACUCUGAUUAUCUGGUGGGCCAGUUCUAUGACAUUGUCAGUGUCUGUAACAACACAGACAUGCCGGACUUGCUCGUUCGACCGCCACCGUACUACGACUCUACGCUGGAUAUUUCAUCUAAUGCCACUGACACGACAAACCAGACCACCACAACGGCAACUGUGGCAUGCAAUCAGACACUGGGGUUGGCCGAGUUAGGCAAUCUGACUGUCCCCGAUCCGUCAGCUAAUGGUACUAUCUGGUGUGACGCGAUAUCGACUCUCUACAAUGUUACCACUGGCGAUCUCAUCCUGGAAUUCGGAAAUGCCUUCUGUUUGCCAGACGUAAAUUUCACUUCGGCCUGCGUUCCUGCGGGUUGCACCAUGGCACAGGUUCCCCUGAAUGCAACUUGCGACUCCAUGUCCUCCCUUAUCUCCACAGCAAACAACUCCAUCACCUCGACACAAUUCCAGACCUGGAACCCCAAUCUCCUUGGCUUCUGCGACGAUCUUGCCGCUGAUCAGUACGUCUGCAUCAGCGCCCCCGGCGGCUCGUAUAUCUCUCCCCCCGCGUCGAAUGAAACGAGUAGCGAUUCGUCUCAGGCACGAGGCGGCGGAGACGGCACUGGGACGGCAACGGGCAGCGGAAGUGUGGCCGGGGGUGGGCGCAACGCAACCUUCGUGUCCGCCGGCGAAUCCCCUCCAACCCCAACACAAUCCGGCAUCACUCCAUUGUGCACGGAGUACGCACAGGCGCAGUCCGGAGACGGAUGCUGGUCUCUAACGACGUUGUGGCAAAUCUCCGAGAGCGACUUCUAUGCCUGGAAUCCUGUUCUUGGGACUGCUGGCGAGAAUUGCUCAACGGCGCUUUUAGCUGGUGACUGGUACUGCAUUGGUGUGCAGGGAGCGACAACCAGCUCAUCUGCACCAUCUACCGCGACGACUACUCCACCAGCAGCAACUCCCUCCCCAGUACAACCAGGGAUUGAUCCUCAAUGCACGGCAUAUGCGGAAGCUCAGUCUGGUGAUUACUGUUCCGCUUUCGCUACAGAGUACAACAUCACAACCGCCGAGCUGUACGAAUGGAACCCUGUCCUCGGAGCCAAUGGCCAAAACUGUUCACUGCAAUUUCAAGAAAACACGUACUAUUGCAUUGGAGCAGCGUCUACCUCGCCGUCCACAACCGCCUCUACAAUCGCUUCUACAACAUCUACUUCCAGUCCCACCACAACGCUGGCAGUACCAUCUCCCGCCCAAACCGGGAUUGACCCUGACUGUACCGCAUAUGCUGAAGCAGUAUCGGGUGACUACUGCUCCGAAUUUGCAACCGCCAACAACAUUACCCCGGCUCAACUGUAUGCAUGGAAUCCUAUCCUUGGAACCGAUGGGGCCGGGUGUUCAACCGAAUUCCAGGCGGAUACAUGGUACUGCGUAGGCGUGCCUUCCAGCUCGCCAGUCUCCGUUCCCAGUCCGGUGCAGAGUGGGAUCGCAAGUAACUGCGACCAGUAUGCGGAAGCUGUGAGCGGUGAUACAUGUUCUGGGUUUGCUGUGGCACAUGAUAUCACCACAGCCCAAUUUUAUUCAUGGAAUACUAUCUUGGGCACGGAGGGAGCUAAUUGCGCUUUGGAGUUCCAGGCGAACACAUAUUAUUGUAUAGUAGCAGUGGUGUAG